AUGGUAAGUGGGCUUUUGCCAUCUUCAAUCACUGCAUUCAAGCAAUACAACAAAAUCAUGAAUUUGCCACAAAUAAACACAAAGGUUUUUCAAACAAAUGGAAUGCGCGCAACGAAGAGCAGGCUAUGUCACACGAGUCAGAUCGAGCAAGCAUUCAACCGAUUGUACAAUGUGUGUCUCAUAGAAAUUUCUCCCAACCUCACUUUUAUGGAAUGCUAUGUCACGUUCAAGGUAUUGAAGGACAGGUACCAUACGUUUAGGUUUUUGUUGGACCAAGGAGAUGUUGUUUGCGACGUAACACUGAACAAGGUCUAUCUUGAUGACUACCAAAGGGAAACGGUGAACCAUCCUAUGUGGGAUACCUUGAAGACAACAUUUGCCACCAUAAUCCUUCAAUAUUACCCGACUGAAGAAAUAUUCAAGAGGCAUCCAAAGUUUCCGACAUUGGACCAACUAUGUGCGGAUUACAUGGCAGAAGCUAGUCGUAUGGCUGCGCGAAGAAGGCCCUGA